AUGUCACCAUUUAUAUCUGCCGUCUUACAAGUUCUGUUUUCUGUGCUCGCUCUGCAAACUAUGCUCCUCAAGCUUUCAACUCAUAACUCAGCUACAAUGUGUAAUCUCCAAAUAAUACCAUCUUUUGAGGACUAUGAAUAUUAUAAAGAAGGAGAUAUCAUUAUUGGAGGGAUGUUUACUGUACAUUCAGCAGCACUGGAUUAUACAUUAACAGGCAAGAGGUUUGGUGAGAUUAUUUGCUUUGGACCAGGCUGGGUUUAUGCCGGGUAUAUCAGGAGAGGAGAACACCCGCAGGGUCUCAACAUUCUAGAUGAAAUCCAUCUUAAACAGACCCCCUCCAUUUUAAUGGCUCUCGAUGCCAAAAAGGCUUUUGAUCGAGUAAAUUGGAGAUUCAUGCUGGAGACUCUGCGGGUGUUUGAAAUAGAUGGCAUAUUCUUAGUUCAACUACAUCAAUAUAUUAAGAAUAUUCGAUAUGUAACUGCUUCAAGGGAUCAAAUAUCAUAUUUUGAUCAAAAUGGAGAAUUUGUUUAUUAUUACUUGAUUGUAAACUGGGUGAUUAUCAAUGAAUACAUUGUGAAAAAUAUCAAUGUGGGUAAUUUCACACCAUGGUCUACAGAACGUCAGCAGUUAAUUAUUAAUGAAGAAGUCAUAUCAUGGAAAUCUGCAGCCAAUAAGAUUCCAGUCUCCCAAUGCUCUAAAAUUUGUCUACCUGGCUAUCGAAAAAUCCUGUAUUCUAUCAUACACCCAUGCUGCUAUGACUGUGUGCAGUGUUCAGAUGGAGAGAUAUCGCUUACGAUAAACACUGAGAACUGCAUAAAAUGUCCAGAAUUUGAGUGGCCAAAUGAAAAUAAAUAUCGCUGUAUUCCUAAGGAAGUGGAGUAUCUUUCCUACACGAAUGAUAUUUUAGCUGAUUUAUUUGCUGUAAUUUCUAUUUUAUUUAUUAUUUUGACUCUUUUUAUACUAAUGGUUUUUAUUUCAUACAGAAAUACCCAUAUUGUCAAAGCCAAUAAUAGGAACCUCAGCUUUACUCUUCUGGUUUCCAUCGCCCUGAGCUUCAACUGUGUGUUUCUCUUUCUUGGCCGUCCCCUGGAUAUAACAUGCAUGCUCCGUCAAGUGUCUUUUGGAGUAAUCUUCUCAGUGUCUGUCUCCUGUGUGUUGGCCAAGACUAUCAUUGUUUAUACUGCUUUCAAGGUCACUAAACCUGGCAGCAAGUGGAAAACAUGGAUUGGAGUCAAGCUGUCCAAUUCUAUCGUUUUAAUCCUCUCGUCUAUUCAGGUUAUAAUUAGUAUCUGUUGGUUGUCCAUUUCUCCACCAUUUCAGGAGAUAGACACACGCUCUUAUCAAUGGAAGAUCAUCAUUCAGUGUAAUGAAGGUUCAGUUAUUGCCUUUUACUCUGUCCUUGGCUACAUGGGGUUUCUGGCAACUGUUAGCUUUGUUAUGGCUUUUUUAGCCAGGACAUUACCGGACAGCUUUAAUGAGGCCAAAUACAUCACUUUCAGCAUGCUGGUGUUCAGCAGUGUUUGGAUUGCAAUGAUCCCAGCCUAUCUGAGCACCAAAGGGAAAUACAUGGUGGCUGUGGAGGUCUUUGCCAUAUUAACAUCCAGUGCUGGACUCUUAGGUUGUAUAUUUUUACCAAAAUGUUACAUAAUAUUAAUUAGAUCUGAAAUAAAUAAAAAGACAAAUGUUGGCCACGGUUUUGUUGGAACCUGUGAAAAUAAGAGAAAUGUUUAUGGAGAAUCUUAA